AUGGCCCGAUCAGGCCUGCGACCAUUCCUGGUGCUGGUGCUCCUGGGCGUGCUGGCCUUCGUCGCGGCGGCCCAGGCGGUGACCUGCUCGCAGAGCCCCGCCGAGCUGCAGGCCGCGCGGCUGACGGCCAUCCGGGCCUACCAAGAGCGGCUCAACGGCGAGGUGGACAACUACGCCGCGGUGUGCGACCGCUACUACACCGACGACGUCCACUUGACCAUCCGCGGCAUCGGCACCUUCGACACGCUCGAGGUGGCCAAGGAGUACGGCUACGUGCUGUUCAACUUUUCGCACCCGCUCAUCCAGGAGCUGUGGCAGGGCCGCCUGGAGCUCACCCUCGACGAGCCCUCGAUCGAGUGGUCCGGCCCCAACAACGACACGGUCCAGUUCUGGCAGACGUGCGUGGUGCGCCUGGGUCCCAUCUGGGACUCGCCCGUGCCCGGCCAGUACUACUUCGUGACGGGCGGCACGCGCAACUUCGAGACCCUCGUGUUCGCCGAGUGCAGCGACCGCAUCAGGUCGGACAUCGUGAUCAACGACCUCGCCAUCAUGCCCAUCUACGCGGCCAACAACGAACCCGACGUGCCGCGCCUGUGCGAGAAGAUCAUGGCCACCUGCCAGGGCGACCUCCAGGUCUACCCCACGGUCGAGGCCUGCAUCGAGUUCAUGAACGUGCUCGACGCCCGCGCCGCCGGCCACCCCGAGGGCGAGUGCCCCUACAAGACGGCCUCCAACACCACCACGUGCCGCAACUUCCACGCCACCAACGCGCUCGUGGACCCCGUCGUGCACUGCUCGCACACGGCCAUCAAUAGCCCCAAGUGCGUCGACGCCUGCCGCCCGGCCUGCGACGAGUGCCCGCUCCACUCGCACUGCAACGCCGACUACGCCUCGCCCACGGCCGAGACCGCCGUGUACACGUGCCUGUGCGACGACGGCUUCGUGCCGGGCGCCACCGGCCCCAACGGCGCCACGUCGUGCGUGCCGGUGACCUGCACGGCCGACUGGCAGUGCGGCACGCCCUACGGCUUCUGCGACACCACGGGCAACUGCCGCUGCCCGCAGACCUUCGAGUGGGACCCGAUCAACGGCGGGUGCCACUGCCCGACCGACUACGUCCUCACCUGGGACGUGCCGGCCAACAGCGGCCUGGGCCUCACCGCGCCGGCGUGCAAGCCGCCCGGCGGGUGCCUCGCGCGCCAGCACUGCACCGACCAGUCGUGGAACCGCGUCCAGUGCAUCGCCACCUCGCCGCCCAGCACCGUGAGCGCCUGGCUGGCGUGCCAGUGCAACUACGGCUUCAUCGGCGGCUGGCUCAACGAGUGCGAGUGCCCGCACGGCGAGUCGCGCGUGUUCUGGUCGACGACCGUCGCCGCCGAGGUGUGCCUGGCCGAGGGCGAGUGCACCGACGACUGGCACUGCGGCGGCUCCAGCCCCAGCUGCUCCAUCGCCACCAACGCCGUCGUCGGCACCUGUGCUUAG